AUGAGCCGGACCACCUUCUUUGAGGUGAAGAUCCUGGACACUAAGAACAAAGAGCAGCUCUGUUUUUUAGAUAAGGUAGAUCCUCACUCCACAGUAGGAGACAUCAAGAGCCUUUUUCACAGAUCAUAUCCACACUGGUACCCAGCGCGACAGGCCCUAAAGAUUGAUCCCAAGGAAAAACCUCUCAGAGAUGAUGAAAUCUUACAGAAUCUACCUGUUGGGACCUCUGCCACCUUUUACUUCAGAGACCUUGGUCCACAGUUGGGCUGGACAAUGGUGUUUCUUGCAGAAUGUGCUGGAGCUCUUCUCACCUACCUCCUCUUCUAUUUUCGAAUGCCGUACAUUUACUCACACAGAUAUGUCUCUACCUCCAGUCCACAUCCUGUUGUCUCGCUCGCCUGUGCCUGUCAUUCCUUCCACUACAUGAAAAGGCUGAUAGAGACAAUAUUCGUGCAUCGUUUCUCCCAUGGGACCAUGCCUCUCAGGACGAUAAUCAGGAAUUGUGCCUAUUACUGGGGUUUCUCAGCUUGGUUGGCCUAUUAUAUUAACCACCCUCUAUAUACACCUCCAUCAUAUGGAGAUCGACAAGUCAACUAUGCAUUAGUAAUGUUUAUGAUGUGUGAAAUAGGAAACUUCUCUAUUCACUUGACUCUUAAUAAUCUCAGAGGAGAUGGGUUGAAGGGCAGACGGUUUCCUGUCCCGACUAAGAACCCAUUCACAUGGCUGUUUUACUUUGUGUCCUGUCCAAACUAUACAUACGAGGUUGGAACCUGGGUGAGCUUUUCCAUUAUGACCCAGUGUCUGCCAGUGGCCUUGUAUACAUUGCUAAGCUUCAUUCAGAUGACUAUAUGGGCCAAAGGGAAGCACAGAGCCUACACCAGAGAGUUCAAGGACUAUCCCACCAACAGAAUGGCCAUUAUCCCCCUGAUUCUCUAA